AAAGAGUUUAGAGCUAGAAACCUGAGACAAGGACAGUGAUUUUGAUUCUCAUCUUUGGCUGGUUUUACACAUAUCUUUGUUAGUAGUUUUCAAGAUUAUUCUUAUGUCAAACUCAAUGGGAGGAUUCAUUGACAUGUUGCCAGAAGAUUGUGUAUCCACAAUCCUAUCCUUCACCUCUCCAACAGACACAUUUAGAUCUUCAAUGGUGUCAUCCACCUUUAAUUCAGCGGCGGAGUCCGACGUUGUUUGGGAGAUGUUCUUGCCGGCUGAUUAUAAGGAUGUUUUGUCAAGGGUGGUCACUCCUUUGGCAUUUACUACAAAGAAGGAGCUCUUUCUUUGUCUGUGCAAUCCAAUUCUCAUAGAUGGUGGUAGAAAGAGCUUCAAGUUAGAGAAAUUGUCUGGAAAAAUAUCGUAUAUGCUGUCAGCAAAAGAACUUUCUAUAUCAUCGCAAAAUGAUCCAAUGCAGUGGACCUGGAAAUCAAUACCUCAAUCAAGAUUCUCCGAAGUGGCUGAGCUUAGAACAACAUCUUGGUUAGAAAUUCAUGGCAAAAUCAAAACUCAAAUUCUAUCACCUAACACAACAUAUGGCGCUUAUCUUAUAAUGAAAAUUUCUAAUCGUGCAUAUGGACUUGAUUCAAUACCGUCUGAAAUGUCAAUUGAGGUGGGCAAUAAAGUAUGUAAUGGCACGGCUUAUCUUCGUCAUGAAGAUGGCGAGAAGCAACAAAUGGAGUGCUUAUUUUAUAGGAACCGCACAGAAGUGUUGAGAAAGAGAGUGAUAGAGGGCAUUGAACAAAUCCCAAGUGAAAGAGAGGAUGGGUGGAUGGAGAUUGAGCUGGGAGAGUUCUUUAGUGGUGAAAGUUAUGAGGAGGUGAAGAUGAGUUUUAUGGAGGUUAAGGGUUAUCAAUCAAAAGGAGGACUCAUCCUUGAAGGAAUUGAAAUAAGGCCUAAAAACUAUGAAUGAGUGCGGGAGAAAGAGUACCACAAAGAUUAUACAGAAGAAAAAAAAAUAGAAAGGCACAAAGGUGUUUCUUUUUUCAUUUUAAAUAUGUAUAUACAGGUUUUGAUUGAUUCUUUCAUUUGUUUUAUGUGUUAAAGUGCAAAUGUGUUAGGUGAAGUAAGAUACAUAGUAGAAGAUAAAAUGAUGAUAUUAAGCUAUUGUUUGCAUUUGG